AUAUCCCCAAACACAAGUCACUUUAAAAUUAGAUAGCUACAUACUUGGUUUGAUGUUAUGUCAAGGACAAAAUCCGACAGGGCGGUGAAAGACGGUCUUCGCUAACAAGCAACCAACUGCUGAGUUAUUUUGCCUGCUUUGCUGCAGCAGAGGUUUAGCUAGGUAGCCGUGGAAAGAUGGAGAAGCCCGGAAAAACAAAAUGAAGCGGAGGAGAAGGAAAGGCGCACCACCCCGGAACUUGUCAUCUAAAGCAGAAACACUCGGACGUUGUUUACAGGAGGACCAGCUGUAUCUGGUUAAACACGUUGUGAUCGUGGUGUGUGAGUUUAACAACCCAGUACAAACGUAUUUGUUCUUUGAAAGUGUAUUUGGUUAUUAUCACUGACCGUUUCAGCAACAGACACACAAGAUGCAAAUCUGCAACGUGUGCAGUGACAAGACGCCUAAAUAUCGAUGUCCAGCUUGUAAAAUCCGAUACUGUUCGCUCGUUUGUUACAAAAAACACAAAGAUACCUGCCUGCCUUCGAAACCUCCAGUGCAGGAACCAACUCCAGAUCUGCAGAGAAGUUCUAACAACGAGCAACCAUGGACAGUUGAAGAUCUCCUCGCCGACGAUGAGAAAACAGAUAAAGUACCACUCGAAAGGCUUAAAUUAUUAGGUAAAUCAGAAGAGCUCAAGGAUCUUCUUCGCAACCCCCACCUCCGUCAGCUGAUUCAGGAAAUUGAUGCCGCUGACAGCAAAGGAGAUGCCAUGAAAGCUGCUAUGCAGGAACCUCUGUUUGUGGAGUUUUCAGAUCAGUGCUUGAAAGUUGUUGAAAAUAAUGAGUAUAAUGAGAUAUAGUUUGUUUCAACAGUUUGCAUGUUGUCCGUCUACCACCCAUAUUGAGUCAAGUAAUCUUUUUUUUUUUUAAGACCAAUAAAAAGCCUCAGUUUGUGCA